CGCCCUUGCCCGAGUCAAUUCGUCGAACCCCUGGGCACAAGCCUCCUGAGGGCCCCCGGCAACACGAGUCCUCGGUCACUUGGCUUUCCUCCCGUACCGUACCCCGUGGCUACUUCGGCAACCCGCUGUCCCAAGCGCUCACAUGGAGUCUCCCGCACGAACUCGAACCACCUCCGCCUCGCCACCUCUUUCCCUUCCCCAGUAGCCGCCGCCGCUACCCGCUCCGGAAGCCAUACCACCUGAGGCCUUCCACGCCGCUCACCCACAGCAGCCCACCGCUGCCGCCGCGCCCCUCUCCGGCCAUCCCGGCUCCUGCUCCAAGCAUGAGGCAGCCCACCGCGGGCGGGGACGCGGGGUUUGUGCGGGCGGACCAGAUAGACCUCAAGAGCCUGGACGAGCAGCUCGAGCGCCACCUCGGCCGCCCGGCGGAGCGGGGCGGGCUCGCCGCCGCGGCGCAGACCGGGACGGGGAGCCGCCGGGGCGAGUCCGCGAGGCUGGGUGAGGAGGAGCUGCAGACGCCGCUGCGGCGGUGCCGGGAGGACUGGGAGAUCGACCCCGCUAAGCUCGUCAUCAAGGGCGUCAUCGCGCGCGGCACCUUCGGCACCGUCCACCGCGGCCUCUACGACGGCCAGGACGUAGCCGUGAAAUUGCUUGACUGGGGGGAGGAUGGCCACAGAUCAGAACAAGAAAUCUCUGCACUAAGAGCAGCAUUUGCACAAGAGGUUGCUGUCUGGCAUAAGCUUGAUCAUCCAAACGUUACUAAGUUUAUCGGGGCUAUAAUGGGUGCAAGAGAUCUAAAUGUACAGACGGAACAUGGGCAUCUUGGCAUGCCAAGUAAUAUUUGCUGCGUUGUUGUUGAAUACCUUCCUGGAGGGGCACUAAAAAACUUUCUGAUAAAGAACAGAAGAAGGAAGCUUGCCUUUAAAGUUGUGGCCCAAAUAGCUCUUGACCUUGCCAGGGGAUUAAGCUAUCUUCACUCAGAGAAGAUAGUGCAUCGUGAUGUCAAGACUGAAAAUAUGCUUCUGGACAAAACGAGAACUGUGAAAAUUGCUGAUUUUGGCGUUGCUCGAGUUGAGGCUUCAAAUCCUAGUGAUAUGACUGGUGAAACAGGGACACUUGGUUACAUGGCACCAGAGGUUCUCAAUGGCCAUCCUUACAAUAGGAAGUGUGACGUUUACAGCUUCGGAAUCUGCCUGUGGGAGAUAUACUGCUGCGACAUGCCGUACCCCGACCUGAGCUUCUCGGAAGUCACUUCUGCUGUCGUUCGCCAGAACCUGAGGCCAGAGAUCCCGCGCUGCUGCCCGAGCUCGCUAGCGAACGUGAUGAAGCGGUGCUGGGACGCGAACCCUGACAAGCGGCCCGAGAUGGCCGAGGUGGUGUCCAUGCUGGAGGCGAUCGACACGUCCAAGGGCGGGGGCAUGAUCCCCAAGGACCAGACGCAGGGCUGCUUCUCGUGCUUCCGUCGGCACCGAGGCCCCUGACGCCGCCGUGUGAUCCGAUCGCGCCGCGGCCGUAGCUACCCGGUGAAACCAUGCUGCUAUUGAUCGCUAGACCUCGGUGUAAUCUAGUUGCAGAACUGGCUAUAAUUGGGAUGUUGUCAUGGGUGUAAAUGAAUGAGCCGUUCGAUCUCAUCCUUGCACGCUUGCUGCGAGUUCUAAUGCUUGCUGUACGUUGAGGUCAAACCUAGGGAGAGAGUUGCUCACAUGGUUUGAUUAUUGUCCCUGAAGCAGGCUUUGCACUAUUGGAUUAACCAUGUUUACAUA